GGCGCGGCGGCAGCGGGAACCUGUCGGAAGGCCUCGGUUUGCGUCUCUGGGGAGUCGGAGAGUGAGGGGCCUUUUCCCGCUUCGCUUCACCUCUCGGCGGCUGGGCUUGGGCCCUGCACGGCUGCUCGCCUCGCCAAGAGCGAGCUACAAGUAGGGGCUUACGGCGCGCCUGCUCCGAGGCCUGGGAAUGUGCCCGCAGGCAACCGCCGCCGCCGCCGCCGGGAGGAGGAGCAGGGCCGCUCCUGGGGCUCACAACAUCUGCCGCCUCCUUACCCGCAGGACCCUUGGCUUUUACGCUAGAGAUGCUGGCGUCGCUCACAGAACAAACCUGGGCCUUCUCAGGCAGAUAAUAUGUCAGGAAAGUACUAAAUUCAAGAAUGUUUGGACAACUCAUUCUGCAUCUCCUAUUGCAUAUGAAAGAGGAAGAAUUUACUUAGACAAUUACCAGUGCUGUAUUAGCAGCAUUGCACAAGAGCCAAGAAUACUUUAUCAAAAGCCAAAGUGUUCUAAGUCAGAAAAAAUAGAAGAUGCUUUAUUAUUGGAAUGCCCACUGGGGGAAAUGCUACCAAGUCUGUCGGACUAUAAAUCUUCCCUGAUAGUCUUGACAGUACAGAAUUGGCUUCUACGUCUCUCUGCUGAUAGUGGAGAAGUACUGGAAAAAAUAUACCUAACGGGUUCCUGUUGCAAGUUCAGGUAUCUGAGCUGGGAUAUUCCUCAAGAGCUGAUGGUUGUAAAGUCAGCUCAGAAUAAGCUCCCUGCAGCAGCACGGCAGGCAGGUAUCCAGCAGUCUGUAUUGUUCUAUCUUGCUGUAUUCCAAGUUUUGCCUCUGUCAUUCAUUGGAAUGCUAGAAAUAAACAAAAAGAUAUUUGGUAAUAGUGUGACGGAUGUUGCUGUUUCUAAUGGAAUACUGAUUGUAAUGCAUAGCAUGGGUCUGGUCAGGCUCUAUAACUUCCAGGCCAUCUUGGAACAGUUCAUGGAACAGCCGUUUGAUCUGGGACAUGAAUUCAACUGGAAUGGUCAAGUGGGAGUUGUAGGAAAGUAUCCAUUUGGUCUUCCAUGUAAUGUUAAAAUAACAGAUAUCCCACCUUUGCUAUUUGAAGCAUCUUCUCUGGAGAAUGCAUUUCAAAUUGGAGGUUACCCUUGGCAUUAUAUCAUCACACCUAACAAGAAAAAGCAUAAAGGAGUCUUCCAUAUUUGUUCUCUGAAAGACAAUACUUUGGCAAAAAAUGGCAUCCAGGAUAUGAAAUGCUGUUCACUGGAACCUGACUGGAUAUAUUUCCAUCCAGAUAUGUCAGGUAGAAUAAUCCACGUGGGACCAAAUUUGGUAAAGGUCUUGAAGCUUAAAGAAGUUAAAAAUAAUACAAAUCAGAUGGAGAUUACAGAAGAUUUUACAGUUAUGGCCAACAGAGAAAACUGUGUAAAUAACACUAUUACUGUAACAGCUUCUGGUCGAGUGGUGAAAAAGCGUUUUAACCUGCUGGAUGAUGACCCAGAACAAGAGACAUUCAAAAUUGUGGACUAUGAAGAUGAAUUGGAUUUAUUAUCCAUUGUGGCAGUUACUCAGAUAGGAGCUGAUGGCAGAGCACACCUCGACUUUCAUUGUAAUGAACGUGGGAUUCGACUUAAGAGUAUUCCAUUACUGGAGUCCUGGGAUGUGACUUACAGUCAUGAGGUUUACUUUGACAAGGACCUUGUCCUGCAUAUAGAACAGAAGCCUAACAGGAGGUUCAGUUGUUACGUUUACCAAAUGGUCUGCAGUACUGCAGAAGAUGAUGAAUGUUCAAGCCAUGAAAAAACAGAAAAGGUGUUUUGUAAAAAAGAAGGGAGAAUUUUUGAAUAUAUUUAAGCCAUGAACAACGACAGAGACUUCAAUUUGGAUGUUAUUUAAGGACUUCAUACAUCUGAAGUAGUCAACUACUGUUUUUAAGGCAGGAUUUAAUCUUAACAUUUUGUACUACUGCAUAAAGUUUUGUUUCUUUUUUCCCCUGUAAUAUUCAUUGCACACUUGUCCAUAGUCCAUGGUGCUUUUCAGUUCAUCAUUAAUGCUAGAUGCAGCAUUUAUUGCUUCUCUUCAACAACUGGACCGAAAUACUGGAUAUCAAGGAAAGAUGCGGACUUACAGAUCAUCUGCCAUCUGCAGCACUCUGUCUUAUGAAGUUUCACCUAUGCCACUUUUAAUACAGACUGUUAAUUAAACAAAGUAUGUAGAACUGUAUAGGAUAAGUUUUAUAUGUAGUAUGAAAAUGGCAGUUACCAUUAAUCAGCUUAGACAAAUUUCUUCUGUUGGUUUUGUGUGAGAAAUAAAAUCAGUUAACUUUUCUGGUUACAUUUGGUUUUGUCUAAAGAGAAGUAUUAAUAAAUUAUGUAUUGUUACU